GCCGGCCAAAACAGGACGCGACGAUGCACCACACGGGGCUUUCGACCGCCCACACAAUUUGACGAUGAUGGUCCCAAAUUGCGAGAAUUAGGGGCACACGCCCUCAACUCAACAACCAACGAAGUCUCGAUGACUUGAUGCUGGAGAUUGGGAAUAAUCAGAUGGAAAAGCAUCCAUGGUCGGCCCAGAGUACAUUUACCUUUAUUCCAUCCCGUCCGUCAGGUAUCCCGUUGUCAGGUCACGGUCACCACGGCGGCACAAACCUGGAAGGGGAAGCUGCUAGCAUCAUGUCGGUUGAAAUGUAUUUUCUUUCUCCGUGUUCCUCGUUCUCGCCAACUCCUUGCUGCUUGUGCCUACUCAGCUAUGCCAAUCCCUUCAUCCCUUUCCGUCUCCUCCUCCCGCCACCACUCCCACCACCACUGCACUCCUCCCUCGCAAUUUCUUCGUCUGCCCACCAAGUCAUGAUUUGUUUGCAUCGCCAUCUCCCUCACCACGUGCCUCUGUGAAUCAACGCACGCUUCGGCCAUUUCUGCGCCAUCGGCAAAAGGCAUCAUCAUCAGCAUAGUCGGUUCAGUACUCUAGACAAAAUAAUCGCGAGAUUCAUUCAUCCCCUCCUUCCAUAUCGCGCAUCAACUCCAGCUGGUUGCUGCCGUUUCCUGCGAUUUCCCUGCGAUUUCCCUGCGCGCGCGCGCCCAGAGUCUGCGGUCGGACUCUGCAGGCCCAUCACAAGGGAAACUACAAACGGGUCAUCGCCAACCAAAGCCUCCAUUGCGUGUCCUGUCCUGCGACUUCCCCCGGGCGCUUGCUGUCUUGCCCCUUCGUCAUACCCGCGGUACCUCAAGCAUUCGUCAGCAGGAUCAGACCGAGUAGCUCCGACGGGCAAACCGAUUUCCAUUAGGUACAGCAACCUGCGACCCGAGAGCCACCCGCGCUCUCCCAGCUAGAUAAAAGCCAUGGCCGCCUCACCCAGCUCUCGUGCUGCCUCUCCUGCACUGUCAGAUGUCGACACUCCCAGUUCCCCCGCCCACCAACCCGGAAAGUCUUCGCACACUGCCGCCAGCGUAACCGAGGACAACGACGCUACCAUGGCUGCCACCCCCGAGCCAAGCGAGUCUAGACUGCCUCGUGGGAAAAGAGGCCGUGGCCGCGAUGAUGGAUCAGGGACCAACGUUAUUGGGAAGAUCCGGCAUCUGAAAAAGGAGGACGGAGAACCGCUCUGGCGAAAGGACAUCCAGUACGACUUCCUCAAGGCCGUGUUCGACAACGAACAAAAGGUUUUCACCAACAGCUACGAACCCGACAAGAUUGGCAAGCAGUGCUUUGCCGAUCUCUACAUCGACACAAUGUCGAGGAGUAGCAAGACAUCAAAAGUCCUUCGCGACAAGCUGCUUAGUGAUCGUGAUGCCGCAAAAGGAAUGGCCAUGGUGUGUCUCCUCGUCAACAUUGGUCGUAUGAACACGACCCUUAACUUCUUUCCCGAAAUGCGUGCACAACUCCGUACAUACCACGCCAUCCCUUCGCUCCAGGCCCAGCAGGACCCCCAUGCGUACAAGCAACUGCAGGACGCACCCCGUCUCAAAUCUAUUCUGAAAGGAGGCGCCGAAGACAGGGAUGAGCCCAACUCCAUCGACGCCAUCAAGGCGCGUGCCACCCACGUACCCAGGACAAAUCCCGUCAACCUCUUGUUCGUCAUCUGCCAACAGGCUAGCAAGAUCGCCGAGCUGCAUUUCCCGCCUGGUCGAGAGUUCCAUGACUUGAUCAUGAAGACCAACUAUUCCAGCACCAGCCGCGCUCGUGCCUUUCUAUGGCUCAUGUGGUUCUACCUUGAAUCUGACUUUACUGAGGAGGGCUGCGAUGAGAAUCCCUUCGGGGCAGGUGUUGACUACGGGCUCGACGUUGCAAACCAGGGCGUACCGCGCUUGGUAGAGAUGACGAAAGAAGAAGAGGAGGCCGAGAACAAGGAUCCCGACGAAGAAAUCAAGUUCGGCUUGGACAAGCAAAAGAUGCGAGCCAAGAUCAUUGAGGCAGACCAGCAGUUCAUGGUCGAGAGCCAAACUAGAAAGGGUGGCAGAGGCCGUGGCUUCCCUGCUGGUGAUGAGAUUGGUCCCACAACUGGCAUUCUUCCCCGAAUCAGGCCUUCCAAGGUUGAUAGCGACCUGGACAGCAUCAGAUCUACUCCGCCGCCUAGGGCUCUGGUCGGUAGGCAUCCUGCCGCUUUUCCACAGACUACUAACCGUAGGGGUGGCAACUCCCUAAAAUAUCAGAUCUUCGAAGGCUCAUCGCCCGCCGGUGGCCAGAUGCUCGAAGGUGUUGUGCACAGGAAACCUCGUCCACCGACCGCUCAUCAGCUUGCCGUCGAACGUAAUAGGUCCCAACGCGUUGAGUGGAUUCUGGACAGAGGACUCACGCGAAGCCACCAUCGCAGCCGAAAGCAGCGUCGCGUCGAUGGCUCCAUUAUCCGUGUGGUCAACAGGCUCGACAAAGCCAAGGAAUGGGCUGACUUCAGCGAUAGCGAGGACGAGGAGACUGUUAACUAUAAUAAGCAGGCUCUCCUCGCAGGGGCCGUGAACUACACCGGAUUCGGAGAGAAUUACCCCUUCCGAGAGAAAGGCUACGUUGGUCUCUGCCAGCUCAAAGACGAAGAUGAUGACUUUGGAGAGGAAUUCGCCUCGUACUCGGCCUCCCUAAGGCGCGCCCAGCGCCGACUCAGCCGGUGGGAGGAGUCCAAUGAUCCGGACCUCGGCGUUAUCAGGCCGAUUAAGCGGCCAAAGCUCACUAAUGGAGAUGCCAACGGCGAUGGUGAAGGCCACGGUGACGAAGACGACGGGGAGGGUUCGCCGUCCAAGCACGACAUCGAUCCGGCGGAAACUGAGGACGAGGCCGAAAUUUUGGAGCGUAAUGCCCGUCGCCGUGCUUACGUCCCCGCCAACAAGCCGGUAAUUCUUCGCACUGGCAAGAUGAACGGUAUCCAGAGACAGGACACCGCUGAUUCCCACGAUGCCGAUACGCCCAUGGACGAUGUCGAUGAUUUGGAUGACGAUGACAAGGCGCUACUUGGCCUAGGCGACGGUGAAGGCGAAGGUGAUGACGUUGAGGAUGACGCCGAUGGUAACGAUGAUGGUGAACGGGACGCCGAGGACCAGGAAGACCUGGACGAUCUUGACAAGACAUUGUUAGGCAUGGACGGUGAUUCAGAAUCAGAGUAGAGUCAUACUCGGGAGAUCACCCAUAAAGAUACUGCCGAUCAAACUUUAGGUACCUCCCUACUCGGCCGAAACAAUGAUGACGGACCCAGGCCGACCCGUCUGAAUGGCAAGUUGGAUUGUCCGGUCUGUUAACGCAUUGGCUAUCCAUACUCGCUUUCAAGCGACAUCUGUCCUGCGCACAUCUGGAUCUCGCCCAAGAUAAUGCUACCAAGUAUGGCAUUCUUCUCUGUCAGAUGUUCUAAAGGCCAUUCGCGAACAAGAUAUGGCUAAAGCGACAUCUACCCUUUGUACGUCUGGAUUUUGCCCAUAACAAUGCUACCAAGUAUCGCUUGGUUCUGUGUUUACGCUGCAAAAAGCCUUUCGCGUAUCAGUCAGACAUGCGUGAUCAUGAAACACGAUGCCUGGAAAUACAACGGCGGAUGCAUUCAGGACAGGGUGUUCCGACUGCUCCUGACUUGGCGAAACAAGACUUUCACGAGGAAUGAAGAGCGAUACCUACCUUCUCGGCUUGGCCACUACCUACAUAUGGCAACAACAAUAAUACGGCUCGCAUUGGCACUUGAUUUUCUUGUACAACUUUUACUACUGCCAUCAAAGCAGUAGCUUGAUUUUCACGGUUGCAUAGAGUUAUAUGAAGUGUCUUUUCUGGGCAACAAUGGCUUGUUUAAAAGGGAUAACGAACGGAGGAUUUGGUAUCACAUGUUCAGACUAGAGAGGUAUAAUUAAGCAAUAAAUGAAUCAAUCUCAUAGAUUGAAGGAUGAAGUAUGUGCAUUGCUUAGUGGAAGUGACUUAGGUAGUCUUACGUCUACUUCAG